GCAAACUCUGGGGGUGUCCAAUAGUACCAAAUACUUAGGGCACAUUAUUACAGACACGUUAGAGGAUGAUGCCGACAUGUUCAGACAGAGGAGAUUGCUCUAUGUCCAAGCUAACAUGUUGGUUAGAAAAUUCCACCACUGUACAGUUGAUGUAAAGAUUAAUUUGUUUAGAGCCUACUGCACCCCUCUCUAUACUGCUCCACUCUGGGUGAAUUACAAGAAGGAGAGCUUGCGUAAGCUUAAAGUAGCCUAUAAUGACUGUCUUAGAUUACUCCUGCAUAAACCCAGGAGUACUAGAGCCAGUGAGCUGUUCUGUAAUAUGGGUCUAACCACCUUCAUGGCCUUGCUGAGGAACCUUAUUUUUAAGUUUAUGAGCUCAACAAAUUCUAUAAUUGAUCUGAUGACAGACCCUGUCCGCAGCUCUGUUAAGUACACAUCUAAGAUCUGGGAACACUGGCAUGAGUGCCUUUUUUAGCCCUUCUUUCCUUGUAUAUUUCUGUGUAAUAUAUUGAUUGUAUGUUUUGUCUUUUUAUACUGUGGGCCUUGAGCCUGUAUAAAGUUUAAUAAUAAUGUCCAAAGCGCCUGAAAGAUUUGCUGAGGUUGACAGAAGAUGCUGCUGGAGUUGAGGAAGAGGCAGACAUUGUCGAAGUUUACCUCCUCUUCUGUAAUAAUGUUCUGUCCCUGUUUGAAGAGGUGGUGAAAAAGCUGGAGAAGAAUGUUACCACGUCUGUUGACCUCUUCUCCAUCAUGGACUCUUUCCAGAGAAGACUAAUUCAGAGAAGAGAUGAUAAGUUCUAUGGGUACCUAACCAAACAAAAGCUCCAGCGUCUCUCACCAUCUGAUGCUGAUGUUGCCAGGCAGGAAUUUACAGCCUUCUUAAACCAUGCCCUCAGUUAUAUUGAGAAGUGGUUUGACUUCUCAGAGGAAAACUGGCUCUUCCACCUGCAGCCCGUCUCUCUAGCAUCUGGGAAGAUCUCCUUUGAUGACAUGGAGAACAUAACCAACCGGCUUUGCCUGGUUGGCAGGCUGAACAUCUCCAUGGAUGAUCUGUAUGAAGAAUGUGUAUCUGCAAACAGUCUUCUGGAGCACCUCACUCAGGAGAAGGAAGCCUGGCAGUCUAAAGGAACAGCAGAGAGGUGGAUGGAGGUUCUUCAGACAGCUGAACUUCCCAACAUCCAAGCUGCUGUAUCCUUUUUCCUCACCAUCCCAUCUUCCACUGGGUUUGUGGAGAGGAUUUUCUCUUUUAUGAAGAACAAAUGGAAUGAUGUGCGGAACAAAUGUUCCGUGGAAUUAAUUAAAGGUGAGCUCAUUGUAAGCCUCAAUUAUGAACUGUCUUGCUCAGAGUUCUACUCUGCUGCACUCAAAGACAAACAACUUCUCACUGCAGCAAGAUCACAGAAGAAGUACAAGUGGAAAAAGUCUCCACAUAAUGUGGCACUGAGCUGUUGAGUUCAUGAGUUUUUUUUCUUUCUGUUUUACUACAACUGUAGCCUAGUGUCAUGGCCUUUAAGGCACAAAUAUGUUUACAAUUUUUCUACAGUACUGUUUGCACUUUUGUUAUUGCACUAAACAAAUGCACUAUUUCAGUAUGGA